AGUAGUAGUGGAGUAUCGCCUAGCUGGGUGUUUUCGCGUGGCUGGGCGGUUCUGUGGAGUGUGCGGAGGAGGCCCAGGCUGGACUGCGCGGAGGUGCCCUGUGUGGUUCUGCUUUUUGACGGUAGUCCCACGUCUGAAACAUGGCUACGGAUUGGCUGGGCAGUAUUGUGUCCAUCAACUGUGGAGACAGCUUGGGUGUCUACCAAGGAAGAGUGUCAGCGGUGGACCAGGUCAGCCAGACCAUUUCCCUCACCCGGCCUUUCCACAAUGGAGUGAAGUGUCUUGUGCCUGAAGUCACCUUCAGGGCAGGUGAUAUCACAGAACUAAAAAUACUGGAGAUACCAGGUCCUGGAGACAACCACCAUUUUGGAGAUCCUCAUCAGACAGAAUUAGGUCCCUCUGCUGUUGGGUGCCAAGUGGGUAUCAGUCAGAAUGGCACAGGCAAGUUGGUCAAGAAGCUGACUUCUUCUAGCAGUGCCCCUCAGAACAUCCCUAAGAGGACAGAUGUGAAGAGCCAGGAUGUUGCCGUUUCUCCCCAGCAGCAGCAGUGCUCCAAGAGCUAUGUGGACAGGCACAUGGAGCCCUUGAGUCAGUCCAAAGGCUUCCGUCGUCGGCAUAACUCCUGGUCAUCUAGUAGCAGGCACCCAAAUCAGGCAACUCCAAAAAAAAGUGGUUUAAAAAAUGGCCAAAUGAAGAACAAAGAUGACGAGUGCUUUGGGGAUGACAUCGAGGAGAUGCCAGACACUGAUUUUGAUUUUGAAGGAAACCUGGCCCUUUUUGACAAGGCAGCUGUGUUUGAGGAGAUUGAUACCUAUGAGAGGAGAACCGGUACCCGUUCUCGGGGCCUCCCAAAUGAAAGACCUGCUCGGUACCGCCAUGAUGAGAACAUUCUGGAGUCGGAGCCCAUUGUCUACCGACGGAUCACAGUGCCGCAUAGCUUGAGCAAGGAGUUCUAUACAGACUCUGGCCUGGUGGUCCCAAGUGUUUCCUAUGAGCUGCAUAAAAAGCUAUUGUCUGUGGCAGAGAGGCAUGGGCUGACCCUGGAGCGGAGACUAGAGAUGACAGGUGUGUGUGCCAGUCAGAUGGCGUUGACUCUCCUCGGAGGACCCAACAGGCUGAAUCCCAAGAAUGUUCACCAGAGGCCCACUGUGGCCCUGCUGUGUGGGCCCCAUGUGCAGGGCGCUCAAGGCAUUAGCUGUGGUAGGCACCUGGCCAACCAUGACGUGCAAGUCAUCCUCUUCCUGCCCAACUUUGUCAAGAUGCUGGAGUCCAUCACCAAUGAGCUGUCUCUCUUCAGCAAGACCCAAGGCCAGCAGGUGUCCAGCCUCAAAGAUCUGCCCAGCAGCCCUGUGGACCUGGUCAUCAACUGCUUGGAUUGUCCUGAGAAUGCCUUCCUGCGGGAUCAGCCCUGGUACAAGGCAGCGGUGGCCUGGGCCAACCGGAACCGGGCACCAGUGCUCAGCAUAGACCCUCCUGUGCAUGAAGUCGAGCAGGGUAUUGAUGCCAAGUGGUCCCUGGCACUGGGCCUUCCCCUGCCACUGGGGGAGCACGCGGGCCGCAUCUACCUAUGUGACAUCGGCAUCCCCCAACAGGUCUUCCAAGAGGUGGGCAUCAGCUACCAUUCACCCUUUGGCUGCAAGUUUGUCAUCCCCCUGCACUCUGCCUAGAGCCCUGCCAUCAGCCGGUGACGGAUGCCUUAAGAUGUGAAGCUUCAUGGGCCUUGCUGUAGUUUUGCUCUUUUGGAUUGAUUUCUUCUGUGAAACAACAGGACGUGCUGAAAACUGGCCUGUCGCCUGGCGGUGGCUGAGCACCACAUGCCUCUGCCCAUGGGGUUUGUUUACAGACACAGGCAGCUCUCAGACUGUUCAGGGGUGGCAGGACCUGGGAGGGGGAGGCUCUACCUUCAUCUGCUUGCCCAGCCAGCAGCUUCUGCAAUGGCUGUGUGGCACCUGUCCUGAAGGGGAUAGUCACAAGGGGCUUUUGGUCCUUUCCCUGAGCCGAGCCAGGUAGUAUGCUGGGUUUUUCCUAGGUCUUUCUUUUCCCUUCCACCUCUGAGAGAGGUAGCAGGUGGGGGCUAAGAAUGGUGUCACUGUAUUGGGAUUUCUGUGGCUUUCUGCAGUAGCCAGGUCACACAAGGUUAUGUUACUGGGGAACUACAGUGCCCAUCUUGCCAACAUUGCUCAUUUAGCUGGUGGCUGAGUCUGGCAAGUCAGUCCAGGCUGCUCAGGGCACAGCUUUAAGGUCCAGGAUUGGGGAGGCCCUAGGCAGCCUGGUACUGCACAAGGUGGCUCCUGGUGCUUCUGUUCUAGUCCCCCACCCUCACAUCAUCCACAUUUAUGCCCCACUCUCCCAUCCCCUCUGCCCACCCCUCAAGAUGCUCCCCUGCAGCAGCCAUCCCAGAGCAGGACUGUGUCCCUCUCCUGCCUGAGCAACCCCACAGCGUUUUGGUCUGGACUUAACCACUUCUCUGGUUGUCUCUCAGAUGUGUAGACUCAGGCAGCAGCCUGUCUCAGAUGCCCAUGCUGGCUCCAGAUGAGCUUUCUGCUGGGUAGCCCACACUUGGCCCCAAAGGGCCCAGCCUGGAGCCCUGGUGGGGCCCCUUGCAAAUAUGUAGGUCUUCGGGCUCCUUUUGCUCUGCCCACAGUGGCUGGGGGUGGUGGUGGUUGAGGGAGGAAGGAUUGGCGGGCAGGGAUGAGUUGGCUGAGGAUUGUGGUCACAGGGAGGGCCGUGGUGCUAGGGUGUGGGCUGCUCAUUUCCUCAUAGGCAUAGAACCAGGAGCAGAUGCAGUAGGGCAGAGGGCUGGCCCCUCUCCUCCCAUCAUCCUCCAGAGGUAGGAGUAGGCUAGGACCAGUACCUCGUGAGUCUGCUCUGAGCCUUUCCCACUCAGGCCAGGCAGCUCACAGGCCUCCUGUUGGGCAAUGAGCUAUAUAACCUUGCUCUCCCUGCUAGUGCCAGUGCAUUGUCCCUGGGUGAUGGCUUUGUUGAGGGGCCAGUGGGAGUUUGUGCCGAAGCUUUUCUCUCUGCGUGGCAUGGGGACCUCUUUGCCCUCAGUCUGGGCUUCCCUAGAGAUUAAGAUGGGCACAGUUCCUCUCUUCUGUUCCUCCCAGUGGUCAGGCCAGGCCCCUUGAGGGUCUGAGUGGUGACCAAGCCUGACCCUCUGGGAACCAAAACCAGCAGCACUACAAUAAAGCUGAAUGAGCAAGUUCUGCACUAUGUGAGCUGCUCUGUGGGUGGUGACAGGAUGCCACCUCCCCCGUUAGGAACUACCCUGACUAUACCAGGUGUUCCACUUCAGUGGACCUCAGCAACACCAGAGCCCGCUUGGGGCCAGUACGCUACCCCAGCAUGGGUCACUUCCUCAGCUCACCCUCUG